AUGUUGAUGAUGUGGCUUCUAUUGUUGCUGCUGUCAUGGAGACGUGGAGAAGCCAGGUGUAGGAAGACGAAGAGUGGACAAGGGUACCCUCUCACUAUUGGCCUGCUGUCCGCCAGUAUCAACGACUUACAGAAACACAAGCCCAUCCAGCAGGAACUGAAACUGAGUGGAGAUGUCGCAGAAUGUUUUCAGUCGCCCCACUACCUCAACCUGCUUAUUAACGAUACCCUCAAGAUGCCCCAACAUGGAUGGACGUAUAUAGCGUCAGGCAUUCACCAAGCUCUCAUAACUCAAGCUGCGGACGACGGAGUUCUGCCCAACCUAAUCAUUGGUCCAUUCUACACCAACCUUGCCAUGAUAUUGCAGAAAAUGGAAAUCCCAUACCUGGUCACUGAUUACAAAGGUUUUGACUGGAUAGACAUGAACCGUGUUCAAGAUAGGGUGAACUGGAAAACAAUGGUAGAGAUAAGACCUUCGGCACAAGCCCAGAACCUGGCAGUUGUUGACUUAUUCCUGCACAGAAACUGGAAGAGUGCUAUGAUGGUCAUGCCAGAAAGCGCUACCGAUAACCAAGAAUGUCAGAACCUCGCCGAGCAAAUGUUGAACCAUAGUCUUUCUGUAAUCCCAUACACGGUGCAGCCUCAGUCAGUCAUACUCAGCAGUUCUCUGCAAGAGCUUCUGACAAAUGCCAAACUCUACAGCCAGAGACAGAUUCUCAUCUGCAGCCCAAGAGAUGCAAGAGACAAUCUCAUAGAGGCCGUCUUAGUCCAGAGCUCUGUGCUAACACCCUUGUCAGGGGCCAGAAACAUGUACAGACUGGGCCUAUUCUCGGCCAGAUGCAAGCUACUGGCAUUCCGCUACGUGAUCCCAACAAAUGAUGACACCAGCGAUACAGAAGAGACUGACGCCGCCGCUUCAGACGCAGCCAGAGUCACGUCGUAUGCGCUAAGCAAAUACCUUUCGGCUCAAACGACAAUGAGAGAUGACUUUUCGGCGCAGAGAUUUCUGGAGGCUUUGAGAACGGAGGCCAAAUGGAACCCAAACGUACGAUCUGCCGAGCUGCGGCUGAACAUGACAACGGACGAACACAUUGUGCAAACCUUGGGCCAGAUGGGCAUUUUCCCCAAACUGGUGGACAUUGUAGUUGUGGAG